AUGGGCUGCUGCAGCUCAGUGGUUAAGGUUGUCGACGUUCUGUCACCUGGCUCUAACUGGAUUCAAAACUUUGUUUUGGAUAAAAGAGCUUUUUCAUGUUGUCUUGAAAAGCCAUCUUUAGGUUACUGGCUUGUGAAUGAUCCUUGGUGCUACCUAACGUCCAUGUUGUUGAUGUGUGUUGCAGACAAAAUAUUUUCUGUCAAGGCAGCAGAAUCGACUUUAGGUCAGUCCAUGCUGAACUUGAAGUACAUCAAUGAGGGUGUGCAGUCAUCAAGCAAUCAGUGGAUCUCCCACAGGCAGAAGUUACUGUAUGCCUGCCUUCUUAUUGGUUGUCCAUGGUUGAAGGAAAGGUCACAUGAUAUCAUCAAACUCUUCCAUAUGGAGAAGUGGCGGGAAAAGAUUGAAAAAUUGAUCAAGUGGCUAGAGACAGGUUUUAAAGUUGCAACACUGGUGAAUUUUCUGGUAUUUCUUCGGCAAGGGUCUUAUCUAUCUUUGUUAGAGAGGAUUGUGGGUAUACGGUCAGUGUUUCCAGAAAAACAAGGCAUUAGACAGGAAUUCCUGUUCUUUGUGCUACCACUGAUUAAUUUUCAAAGACUCAAAAACCUUGUGGUUCAGAGAUUCUUGUCAUCAUCAGCAAGUUCACGACAUUCCUCAGAUUUGAAACGCAACUACACAAACUGUGCUAUAUGUGGAGAGUGGCCAAUCAGAAUGCAAGAAUUUGGUUGUCCGCAUGUUUUCUGCUACUUCUGUAUUCAGAGUAACUAUAAAGCUGAUCCAAGUUAUGCCUGUCCACUGUGUUCCUGUAAAGUUGGUGAUAUAUCAAACAUUCAUGAUGUUUCAUUAAUCGCUAAAGAUGAUGAUGAUGAUGAUGAUGAUACAUGA